UCUUUUCCCUUCCCAUUUCAUUUUGAACUUUGCAAUUAUUGCGACCUUCUACUUUAUACCACGCUCAUAGUUCAUAGCUCAGUAAACUAUCGUUAAUACGCUACCUAUUCCUGAAACCCGCCAACGGGAAUCGUUUUCCAUCUAUUCCGGAAGCCCUGCCUCUGCUAUUUGAUACCUACCUCUGGGGAGUAACAACGUCACACUUGGCAUACAUGUCCAGAUGGACCUCGACUCAACUGGUUCGAGACAAGCUGUGACUUUAGCAUCCGGUCCUCGAAAAUCGGUUCCCUACGGCCAAGCAUGCACUAACUGUUCCAAGGCUAAGUGCAAAUGUAUAAGCCGUGUGGGCGCAGGUUCGGGUUGCGAGAGAUGCCAACGGCUAGGUAAAGAAUGCAUACCAUCCAUCAGCGUCCGGAAACGUGCAGCAAAAUCAAAAACAAAAACAGACAGGACUGCGCAUCUUGAAGAGAAGCUGGAUGAUUUAGUUUCUAUACUUCGGGCCCAGGCCGUUGUUAACCCCCCGGCGUUAGGUACGGAUACCUCUUAUAGGCCUACAUCCAACAGCGGACUUCCUAGCUCUAGCGCUAGCGUUGGUUCUAAUGCUAAUGCCGCUACCACUACCAAUGCCGCCCUUAUAGGGGUCGUGCCGAAUGGUAACAACUUGGCUACUACUACUACUCCUACUGCUGCUGCUGCUGCUACUACUACUGCUGCUAGCCAUACCUUACCACUACCGCCACCUGUUAUUGAUGCCGCUUCCUAUUCUGCAGCCUCAUAUCCCACUCCUCCUUCUGUCGCCUCUUCUCAUGAUGGAGGCCUCUCGCCCGCUGAGGCUGAAGACACCUUGCGCGUGUUUCGAGACCAAUUUCUUCCCUUCUUCCCAUUUGUAUAUUUACCGCCAGAUACCACGGCUGCUCAGUUGCAGCUAACCAAGCCUUUUCUAUGGCUGAAUAUAAUGACCAUUUGCUGUAAAUCUCAGCCAAGAAAAUCAGUCUUCAGUAAAAAGAUCAAGGAGUAUCUAGCACAGAAGAUGUUAGUAGACCUAGAUCGAAAUAUGGAUCUACUACUCGGUCUUCUUGCAUAUCUAGGUUGGGGCAUGCAUCAUUUCAGUGGCAAGCCAUAUAUCGUCGCAUAUAUGAACCUUUCUGUCACUAUCGUGACGGAUCUACGUCUUGACAAGCCGGCUCAGGAUAACUUUUACAAAGAUCUGCAUUGCUUCAGACCUUCCUAUCCUUAUCCCAAGAUACCUAUAUCUACUACUCGCACAAACGAAGAGAGAAGGGCUACUUUAGCAUGCUUUAUUCUGUGCUCUAGCAUUUCAAAUUUUUUGAGAACUCAAACAAUGAGGUGGACGGCCCACAUGGAAGAUUCUCUACAAAAGCUCGCCGCGAAUCCGGAAUGGAUAGGCGACGAAGUCCUUGUAGCAAUGGUCAGAACGUAUAAAAUACACGAGGAUGUUGCGCAAAUAACCUGGCGCACGGCGGAACCUGCUGGAAACUCAGCAGUAAAGGCGCCUCCCGCCAUCUACGUCAAAGCAUUGCGCGCCAAUCUAGACGCGAUUAGAAAAAACCUUCCACCUUCACUCUUAGAUAAUAAAAUCAUCAAUUCGCACUUAUACUCGGCAGAGCUGUCCAUAGCGGAUAUGUCUCUCUGGAACGUGAAUGCGUGGCUUUCAACGCAUCCUCAUAGGCCACAGGGCGUGAGUAAUAGUGGAAGCGGAGGUAUCGACCUGGGCAAGAUAGACGCGUAUUAUGCUAGUCUCCAAGCAAGCAAGGCAUGUCUCGAAAACUUCCUGCGAUUUGAUUUAUCGGAAUAUCCUGCCAUAUCCUUCUCGAUCACACUCCAGUUUGGCAGGGCGGCGCAAACUCUUUACCGACUAAUGAUAAUAGAUGAUGCUGAAUGGGAUCGUAGCAUUGUCAAGAACUCCAUUGACAUGAUGGCGGUACUGGAACAGGCGGCCAACAAUUUCGCGCAGGUAUCUAGCGCGUGCGGUCUGGAUAAUAACGAUGAUCCUGAUAACAUGGACUAUUACAGCCGGGCUAGCCUUGCCCUCCGGAGUACGAUACCGGUCUGGAGUUCAACGGUGGAACAGGCCAACAUCGGAACGAGCGUGGGCUCAGCGGUUCCGGAGGGACCGGGAGUCGCCGCUACUGCUGCAAUGUCGUAUCAAGUGCAAGCGCAAGUCCUUCCGGAGCUCGCGCCGUUGGAGUGGUUCGACGAUCCGUGGCUGUCUGAGGUGGAGUUAACAUAUGCCUUUUGAGUUUAUCCUUACGUGGAUAAGGUGUACUACUAUUAUUGCGCAGACGAGACGCGCUAUUAUUCCUUCAGCAUAGAAUACCCCAAGUUUGGCGUCCGGUUCGUGUUUAGGCUAGGGAAAGACGGGAAACGAAACAUAGAGCUUAAUACGUACUUCGCUCGCAACGAUUUUUUGGAUAUUUAUGUAGGUUGACCCUACUCAACCGAAAGCAUACGCAGGUUUGGUAGGGUAUGAUGGCAGUGUUAGAAACCAGACUACUAGGUAGCAACUAACUAUAUAGAAGAUACUUUAGGUAGGAGUCUCAAAUCUUAAAAGGAAUAAAUGAAGAUCUUCAAUCGUAAAAUGGACAUUAGGGAAUCUUGUUAGAAGUAUUCAUACUUUACAGUGCUAUACAAGGCACCUACCUAACAUAUAAGUUAACGUCAUCUCGAGACGUUGUUAACCUGCCAGUUAUGAAGCUUUUAUGGAAGAUAUCGUCUCAUAGUUCCUAUCAA